CCCGGCGGUCACGCGCCAGGCCGCGGGGCCGCGCCCCGUUCGCUCAGCCUCGGCCGCGUCCGGCGCUGCACUCGGGGCUCGGCUGUUCGCGCUCGGCUGCUCGGGGCUCGGCUGCUCGGCUGUUUCCGCUCGGGGCUCGGCUGCUCGGGGCUGCGGAGCGGCGCCGCGGCGAUGCUCGGGGCCGCCGCCGCCGCCUGAGGGCCGGCUCCGCUGGGCUGCCGGCCGCCAUGGGGCUGGGAUCCAGCUCCGAGGGCCCCGGCGGCGGCGCCGAGGGUUUCCACGUGCACGGGGUUCAAGAGAACUCCCCAGCCCAACAAGGAGGACUGGAACCUUUCUUUGAUUUCAUCAUUGCCAUAGGACACACGAGGCUUAACAAGGAAAACAAUAUGUUGAAAGACCUGUUGAAGGCAAAUGCUGAGAAAGCAGUGAAGCUGGAGGUGUACAACAUCAAAACAAUGAAAAUCCGAGAGGUGGAGGUGAUCCCCAGUAACAUGUGGGGAGGACAAGGCCUCCUUGGAGCCAGUGUGAGGUUCUGCAGCUUCCAGGGAGCCAAUGAACACGUCUGGCAUGUUCUGGAUGUGGAGCCUUCAUCUCCUGCAGCUCUGGCUGGUCUGCAGCCAUACACUGACUAUGUUGUUGGGUCUGAUCAGAUUCUCCAGGAGUCAGAGGAUUUCUUUUCCCUGAUUGAAUCCCACGAGGGGAAGCCUCUGAAGCUGAUGGUUUAUAACACUGAAGCAGAUUCCAUCCGAGAGGUAGUUGUGACUCCCAAUGGAGCUUGGGGUGGAGAAGGAAGUUUAGGGUGUGGUAUUGGAUAUGGCUAUUUGCACAGAAUUCCAACACAGUCCAUGACAUCAAAGAAAAAGCCAGAAAGCAAAUCAUCUUCACCCUCACCAGAAGCUGGAACUCCUGUGCCAUCCACUAAUGGUUACACAGAGACUCCUUUGCUGGCACCUACUUCUCAGAAUGACAGUUCUGAAACAGUUAUGAACUUGGAUCAUUCCACAGAGCAAGAAAUGAGUGGUUACUCACCAGAAAGCUCCCUAUCUCCUCCUCCCCCUCUCCAGAGAGUUAUGGAUCCAGGAUUUCUAGAUAUGUCUGGAAUUUCAGUUUCUGAGUUCACAAACUUAACAGAAGUGUCCAACCUGUCCCCAUCUGCCUCCUUCAACAUGUCAGCAGCAGGGGCUGCUGUAAGCCCUGAAACAUUAAUGCCAAAUAGUCAAGCCUCUGCUUAUCUUGAAAAUGCCUCAGCUUUGGACCCUGAAGGUUUAACCCCAUAUCCUGAAGGAUCAGGCAAGCAGCCCACGCUGGAUGACUUCCUGCCUUCAAUUCCAUCUUUACCUUCUCUUGAUCUUCCUCAUGACAUUUCUUCAAAAACAACACUAGGAACUGAUUCUGAUAACCAGGAAUCCAAGCUGCUUGUGAACAACACUGAGAGCUCAUUAACCACUGCUCCUGAGACACCAGAGCAUGAAGUACCAAGUGAGCAGAAAGGAGAAGGAGCUGCACAAGAUCCUGAGUGAAAUGGACCCUGCUGCUGUUUACAGACUGCUGAAUGCUGUAGUGCUACAGCUUGGAAUAUUUUUCUUGAAUGAUUACAGUUACUCUAUUUUAUUAGUGUAGACAAUACUAGAAAAAAAAUCACAUGAAGUACAUAUUCUGUUGUCUUUUCCAGUCACUGUUCAAUGGAUUGAUCUAUGUUCAGAAUUUGAAUGCUGUCCAGAAAUCACCCAAUUAAUAGAGAAAUUGAUGCAGAAACAAGUUGGACACUGGCAGAACAUCAAGUUCUGGGAUUCACUUUUGCCUACAAGUGCUCCUGAAUGUAUUCACAAAGGUGCUGUGCCUGAGCAGUGACACAUAGUGGUGAUUUUUAUCAGUAUGUCUAAUGGCAUUAAAAAAAAAAUAUUUAUAGUUUUGAUUUGUUAGAAAGCUUUUCUAAUGGUACCUCUUGGUUAGAUGGUUCUUGUGACUUGCAAGGCAUUUCUUACACUAAGAUACUUUUACUUACUGCUCUAGUACUCUAACUAGAAUUAUUUUUCUUGGUUUAAUUCUCUUCUCUUCUCUGUAACAGCCAUUUGUGUACCUUCUUUAUAUCUUCUUGGGCAGGAAAGAAAUGCAAUGGGGUUGGAAAUUGCAGCCCCAGAUGGGACAAAGCCAAGGUGGUGGGUCCUGUCAUUCACUUCUGCUCUUGAGUGGACCAGGUGCUGGACUUGCAGUUAAACAAACACUGAGGGGGGAGGGAAUGAUGGUGGUUACUUGAAACAAAUUCAAGAUGAUUUUAAAGUAGGGGUGAUCAAUCUUUUUGGUGAAGAUUGAAUGUCUUUGCUUCUGUAGAGACUGAGAAAUAACGUUCCUUUGCUUGUGCUUUUCUAUUUACUCAUUACUAUUUUUAUACAAAUCCUUCUAAGUCUAAGACCUGGGGCUGUUGUGCAGCACCAGCAAUUGGUUUUUGUAGCUUUUUUUUUUGUUUGCAUUUGUCUUCAAAUCACUUCUGAAUGUAAAGGCAAACAUGACAAACAAUGGAAGACAUGGAUGGUUUUAUAAUCCUCAGGGCAGUGAUUUAUCAUGGAAUUUCAAAGCUGCUGCUAGGCAAUAAUACAGCUACUGCAGUGAAAAUCCUUUGUAAAUUAAGAGAAUGGGGUACAAGGCUGGUGUGUGUUUAGGCAAUAAACUAAAAUACACUUAUUUAGCA